AUGGCAGUUUCUUGCCCUGGGGUGUUCCUGCCAAACAAGCAAGAUGUGUACCUGGGAGUCUACUUCCUGAACCAGUACCUGGAGACCGACUGCUUCCCGCCCCUGUUCCCUGUGAUGAUUCAUCAGACCAUGAGAUUUGAAAAGGUUUUCAAAAAAGCAAUCGAUCCUGGUGCUGUGGCAGACAUUUUGGAAGGGUUCUUAACCAGGUUUGAGUUAGUACAGCUAGUGCCUCCAGGGUGGGAGAAGUUGGCCUACUACGAAGAAAACACACGGGAGUUUCUCUUCCCGGAGCCCAAGCUGGCCCCCUCGCACCCUGGCAUGUGUCGGGAGGUGCUCAUGAAGACAGCGGUCGGCUUUCCAGGCAUUGCUCCCAAACUGGAGUUUUCUACAAGGACGGCCAUCCGAGAACGAGUGUGUAUGCACUGGAACAGAUUUCUCGAAGACAGAGGGAAGCCACAAAAGCCUUUACUGACAUCACCUGGACCAGCGCUCCCCACAAGCAGCAAAAAGACCAAGCCCAAGGGAAAUCAUCUGGACAGGGCCUCCCGGGGUGCCCAGUCCCGGUCACCCUCUCCACUUCCUGCCAGGCGUCUCUUCCAGGACCAGCCAGUGCACACAAACAAUGGACAUAGUGCCAACAUCGCCAGAGACAUGAAACCUCCGUUUGUAGUCAGACACGUGGACAGUGCAAGGCCCUUCGGUGAGACUGUUUCCGAGCUGCGGUCCCGAAAGUCGCGAAGAAAGUGCAAGUUGUCAAACUUCCCGUUCCCCGUGCGAAGAGCGUCUUCUCUUGACAGCCUUGCAGUUGACGUCAAGGUUAUCAAAGAGCCCGACGAGCGGAUUUUCCUCAGGAAUAACUCACCGAUAGCGCCUUUAGAUGCAAGUCAGUUUGGAAAGGCCUGGUCCAGUUACAGUAACGGAGGGGAUGCCGACUUCCACCUGGAAGCUCCGUUGGCCAUGGAAGCUCCGUUGACCACUUCCCAGCAUCUCAGGCCAUCCAGCCCGCUUCUCCGAGAAAGGUUCCACUCCGGCUUCGAGUCGACGUGGAAGAAGAUCCACGAGCGAAUAUGCAAUAUUCUGACAUCCCACCGGGCUGAGCAGCCAAGUCCAACCCAGGAAGAUACUACUUCUGCAGUCAAUUCCCGCCUUGACAGGCAAGGCCACCCACUGAAGAAAUACCCGCUGCAUGGGCAGAGCUAUCUGUAAGCUGCUGUCUUUUGCAAACGAACAGACACUGAUGGAGGAUCAUGGAGAACUCAAGAUGGAAUGCACUCACCCUUAGAGACAAGAACAGCCAUUGUUGUUAUCUGUGUGACACCGUUGGCGACAAAUCCCUUCUAAAUCAGACCCUGUACCCGGUCUUUUGUAGCCAGGUAAGAGGUGUGGAUUAAAGUAUGUGCUGUUUAGGGCUCA